AUGCCAGGAAUUGUUGAGACACCCAUCGCUGCCAGUGCUGCGCCGGCCUGGUGUGCGCGAGACUUCACAGUCGCUCAUCAGAAACUUGAACUAGAGGUGGACUUUGCUACGAAAUCGUUGAAGGGAAAAACCGAAAUAACCCUUCAUCCGCACCACAGAGAUGUCAGGGUCAUCAAAUUGAACUUUCGUCAAGGCUACUUCACACGGGUAACUAUCAAUGGGAAAGCAACAACGACGGUCAAGCACACGGACACUCAUUCAAAUCUCAAUCUCUAUGGUGUUCACUAUCAUCAACGACUCUCCGCGAAAAUCGAGGACUUGCUUAAACCACAGACGGAACCCGAGCUGCUCAUCACCUUACCGAAGUCUCUGCGAAUUGAGGAGCUGGAUCCCUUCUCCGUAGAUGCUCAGGAUCGACUGGCAUUGAGAUCUGCCAUGGGAAAUGCAGACGAUGCAGACGGACCAAGUUUGAAACCUGCCGAGACUUCCUUGCCCCGCUAUACUGCAUUAACGGUUUAUAUCGAAUUUGCGGUGGAUAAUAUACGAGAAGGGCUGCAAUUUGUGGGGGUUGACAGUGGUGAUAGGCGAUAUCCCCAUGCUUAUACGACAAAUUCCACCGGGCUGGGUUCUGGUAGCUGUCUUUUUCCGUGCGUGGACGACCCACUGGCAAGGUGUCCAUGGGAUGUUACCAUCAGAUGCCCUUGCUCUUUGAAUGCCAUCUUCGAACGUAAAGGGAACGAAACAUCCAAAAAUUCUGCAACAAACAAGAACAGGCCACAUGGCGCCCUCUCCGAUGACGACAGUACUUUGGACAUGACUGUGGUUUGCUCCGGCGAUACGACCGACGAAAUUGUUGACCCUAAGGAUCCGACUAAAAAGAGUGUUUCGUUUUCAAGCAUAUCAAAUAUCUCUGCACAGCAGAUUGGAUUUGCUGUAGGGCCUUUUGAACAUGUUAACUUAUCGCAGUUCCGCGAAAGCGACCAGGACGAGCAACUGGGUGACAAUGCUGUUCCUGUAGAUGCAUACUGUCUCCCGGGGAGGACGAACGAGGUCAAGAAUACUUGCUUUCCAAUGGCGAAAGCUAUUGAUUAUUUUUCUGUGACAUAUGGUUCAUACCCAUAUUCGGGCUACAACCUUUGUUUUGUGGAUGACUCCGCUUGUGACACGAUAUCGACAGCAUCUCUGUCAAUAUGUAGCACUCGCCUGCUAUUUCCCGAGAACAUCAUCGACCCUAUGUACGACUCGACCAGAGCUUUGGUCUACGCUUUGGCUUCUCAGUGGAUUGGUGUGAGUCUCAUACCAAAGGAGGUAACAGACACUUGGGUCACAGUUGGAAUGGCCUAUUAUAUCACCGAUACAUUCAUGAAGAAGCUAUGUGGAAACAAUGAAUAUCGAUUCCGCAUCAAACAAAUGUCUGAUCGGGUUUGUGAUCUGGAUUACGAACGACCAUCGAUAUAUGAAAUGGGCAACUAUCUGAAAUUGGACCCGUCCGAAUUGGAAUUCGUCGCCCUGAAAGCCCCUCUUGUUCUUUUCAUUCUUGAACGUCGUCUUUUCAAAGCCAGCGGAAAGCCGACUGUUUCACGGAUCAUAGGUCGUCUCUUACUGAACAACCGCAUGGGCGAUGUGGCAAAUGGGGCCGUGACUACGACUUCUUUUAUCAGGUUAUGCGAGAAGUUUGGUCAUUGCAAGCUAGAUGUUUUCUUUCAGCAGUGGGUUUUUGGCGCCGGCUGUCCUCGAUUCACGGCUACUCAACGGUUCAAUAAAAAGAAACUGGUCGUUGAGAUUAUGAUCAAACAGUCACAAGGAGAACCUCAAGGGCCUAGAAAUCUUGAAAAAUCAUCAUUCUUACGAGAUAUGAAGGAAGAACUCCGAAACGUUUACGCAGCUUCCAUUCAGCCUGUUUUCACUGGAUCGAUGACGAUACGGAUACACGAAGCUGAUGGCACACCAUAUGAACAUAUUGUCGAUAUCAAGGAGGCUAUUACCAAGUUUGAAGUCCCUUACAACACCAAAUACAAGAGGCUUAAACGAAACAAAAGACAAAAAGAGCGUGCAACACAAACGGUUGGGACUGAUACAGCAGCGGAAACGCAAGAUGACGUCCUGCUCUACUGUCUUGGCGAUGUACUUCAGACAGAAGAGGAGAUACAGGAAUGGCGAUUGGCUGAUUGGAGUAAAGAGGAAGAGGAGCGCAUGGGUCAGGAAUCAUACGAGUGGAUUAGGAUGGAUGCUGAUUUCGAGUGGAUUUGCAAGUUGUCUUUGGGCAUGCCGGGCUACAUGUAUCUCUCUCAGUUGCAACAGGAUCGGGAUGUCGUCGCUCAGCUAGAGUCGAUGCAAUACAUGGCCAUUCACAAACCUCACCCAUUGAUUUCGACAAUCUUUGUCCGUACUUUAAUGGACAAACGCUACUUUCACGGCAUUCGUACGGCCGCUGCCUAUGCGCUUGUGAAGCAUGCAAAGGAGGAGAACGACUGGUUAGGUCUCUACCACUUGGAAAGAGCAUUUCAGGAGCUAUUCUGUCUUCCGGGGACUCAUGUUACUCGUGAUAAUGAUUUCUCCGAUCAAGCAUCAUACAUACUUCAGAAAGUUAUUCCCGAAGCAAUAUCGCAGAUUCGCGAUAACAAUGGGAAGACGCCGUUGAGGGUUAAACGCUUCAUUUUUGACAAGCUUAGGUUUAGCGACAACUCGAACAACGAGUAUUCGGACAACUUUUAUGUGUCCUCACUCAUGACCUCAUUGGUUAAUGCUAUGGAGGGCCGCGUCGCAGAUGCUUCGUCGCUGAAUGACAUGGAGUUCGACAUGGCAAAAGAAUUGGAGCGCCAAGCGGAAGAGAAGCUUGAACGUGACGUUGUCACAGAAAUUGACAGGUAUAGGCGGAUGGAUGAAUGGUCUAGUUCAUUUCAAAACAUUUAUUCAAGAACUGCUCUACGCUGCCAGUUGCAACUCACGAAAGCAAAGAUCAUGGAUUUAGAUAUCAUACACUUCCUGCAGUAUACUAGAUCUGGGACAUUUGAUAUGUUGCGAAUGGAAGCCUUCGACUGUCUCGUGGACCUUGACAUCUUCAAGACACCUGAAAUUCUUAGGUGGUAUCUUUUUACCAUGUCUUCCGAUAACUCUGCGUGGAUUCGGCACCGGCUUCAUGGUCUAUUUGGCAGAGCCCUUGCAACGGUGGCUUUUGGAACCGAUCAACCCCCGGAGGAGCCGUUGCAGAAUGGCAACCUGAUUAUCGAACAAGAAUCGACGACAGAGGUGCGACGCGCGGAUUUGGCCAGAAAACAAACGAUGUCCGGAGCAUUGGAGGCGCUUAAGCGGGAGCUGUCACAGAAUUCCACAUUGAAGGAAACUCUGUGGGCUGCAAGCAAUUCCUCUUGUGUUGGCACACUAGAGGUAUCGAACUUUGCGGAUUUCUGUAAGAUUCUGUAUGAUGCCAGAACUUCUAGUCUUGUGAGGUUGAAGUAUCCUCGGUAUUGGAAAUGUCAACAUCUGGGACGUGCCCAGUUACGCUUCUACCGAUCCGAGAGAUAUCGAGUAUCUCUUGCUCCGAGCAAAGUUUCCGGCGUAAAUGCAGGUGCAAAGCGGAAACGCGAAGAACAAGCCAUGCCGCCUCCUGCUCCUCGAAUUACCUUCAAACAAUCAAAGUCGAAUUUGGGCAUCAGCAAUCCUUCGAUACCCCCUACUCCUCCUCCUCAUCGCGAAGAACGCAAACUGACCAAACUACAUAUCCCCAAUCAUAUUAAGAUGCCAUCUCCUGCUCCAAUUUCUCAAUCUCCUGCCACCACUCCGUCCACCCCAGGCGGCGGACUGAAACUGAAACUCAAAUUCGGCGGACAAAAAUAA